AUGGAUGACAUCUACAAGGCCGCGGUAGAGCAGCUGACCGAAGAGCAGAAAAAUGAAUUCAAGGCAGCCUUCGACAUCUUCGUGCUGGGUGCUGAGGAUGGCUGCAUCAGCACCAAGGAGCUGGGCAAGGUGAUGAGGAUGCUGGGCCAGAACCCCACGCCCGAGGAGCUGCAGGAGAUGAUCGACGAGGUGGACGAGGACGGCAGCGGCACGGUGGACUUUGAUGAGUUCCUGGUCAUGAUGGUCCGGUGCAUGAAGGACGACAGCAAAGGGAAGUCUGAGGAGGAGCUGUCGGACCUCUUCCGCAUGUUUGACAAAAAUGCUGAUGGCUACAUUGACCUGGAGGAGCUGAAGAUGAUGCUGCAGGCUACAGGCGAGACUAUCACGGAGGACGAUAUCGAGGAGCUCAUGAAGGACGGUGACAAGAACAAUGACGGCCGCAUCGAUUAUGAUGAGUUCCUGGAGUUCAUGAAGGGUGUGGAGUAGACACUGACCUGCCGGAGCUGCCCAGGCCCAGGCUUCCAUUCCAGCCAGGCCCAGGGGCGGGAGCAGGGGCCGGGGUCCCC